AUGCGGAUGGACGUCGUGUUUCCACCAGUCGUCGAACCGAGCGACUCCACCCUACCAGACGGUCACCUGUUACCACUGGGCUGCCAGAGAGAGCCGGACGGGCCCGUCAAAGAGUACGCGGAGCCCUUGACUCCGAUAGAGUUCUGGAAUCUUCACGCAAAAUAUUACGUGCCCCUUGUUUACAGGCAAGCCAUAACCAAGGCCCCCGCUGUCACCAACUGGCAGAAUGAUGAGUACAUCCGUGAGAAAUACGGGGACUUAGACGUCUUGGUGGAGAAGAAAAACGAAGAUCGUGGCGCUCGUCCGACGAGGAUGACCCUGAGCAACUUUCUAGACAACUACCAACUCGAAGACUGGUACGUGGUGUCCUUGCUACCCGACCCCAUGAGAGCAGAGAUGCAGGUCCCUCGUUCGCUCCUCUGUGGGACGUUCAAGAAGAGCAUCCUGGAGUCCAAUCUGUGGCUGUCCGCCGGUGGAACGACGUCCCUGCUCCACUACGACGCCGACCACAACCUACACUGUCUGAUAUCCGGGCGGAAGGAUUUCAUCAUGAUCGAUUCAAAGUACGAUGACCAAUUGGUCAUGGCUGAUAAGAGGCAGUACUCCGGAUCUAGUUUCUCUCACCUGGACAUGGACAGGAUCGACCUCCUCGCUUACCCACAGGUGUCUGACGUCCCGUGGACCUGGGCAACUCUUCUCCCCGGGGAUUGCAUUUUCAUCCCCUCCGGCUACUUCCACCAGGUCAGGUCCUACGGGCGCAGCGUUGCCGCGACCAUCAUGUGGGAUCCUGUGAAAAAGUUCAACGACUCAGACUGUGCGACAGCAGACAUCGACACGUACACGGCACUGAGUGACGUCCAGCUCCAGUGGACGUACAAGAAGGGGGACAAGUCCAUCGACAUGGGCUUCUUCAACGUGGAGAUCGAGCUGAGAGAAGCCCUUCUGAACCUGAUGGCACAACGGAACAGCACGAAGCUGACAAAGGAACUGUUUACUAUCUUCUACGAACAAGUCGUGGUCGAUGAAGACGAAGAUGGUGACAUAACAGAGGGGCACAUGAAAGUUAUCAAUAAGAUGUUUGGAAUUCUGGACAAAAAUAAGACUGGGUACCUGAUGCGCCAAGAGCUGGAGAGUCUGGACAUUGAGGUUCUCAAAGAUGUGGCCCGUAUCAUAGACGAGCCGCACGGGCCUGUCAGAGAGAAUGAUGACGUCAACAAACGUGACGAACUUUGA